CGCGUCGGGCCUCGCCAUGUCCCGCCGCCCGAUUUUCUUGUGAAACCUGUGUUGUAGAAAGUUUUGAAGACAGACUUCAUUUGAUCCAGGCAUCAAAGAAAAAUUUUGCUAGACACUGAAGAAGGAACGGGGAUCUUUCCUCCGAAUCUGGGCCUCUGUCAUGGAUGAAGAGACUCGACACAGCCUGGAAUGCAUUCAGGCUAAUCAGAUCUUUCCCAGAAAGCAGCUGAUUCGAGAGGAUGAUAAUCUUCAGGUUCCUUUCCCUGAGCUCCAUGGAGAAAGCACAGAGUAUGUGGGCCGUGCUGAGGAUGCCAUCAUUGCCCUUUCUAAUUACAGACUUCACAUCAAGUUCAAGGAGUCUCUUGUUAAUGUUCCAUUGCAGCUUAUAGAAAGUGUUGAAUGCCGAGAUAUAUUCCAGCUUCAUCUGACUUGCAAAGAUUGUAAAGUUAUCAGGUGUCAGUUUUCAACCUUUGAGCAAUGUCAAGAGUGGCUUAAGAGAUUGAACAAUGCAAUCCGACCACCUGCUAAAAUAGAAGAUCUCUUCUCAUUUGCAUACCAUGCUUGGUGUAUGGAGGUCUAUGCCAGCGAGAAAGAGCAACAUGGAGAUCUGUGUAGACCAGGGGAGCAUGUAACAUCAAGGUUCAAAAAUGAAGUGGAGCGAAUGGGUUUUGAUAUGAACAACGCUUGGAGAAUUUCCAACAUCAAUGAGAAAUACAAACUAUGUGGUAGCUAUCCACAGGAGCUCAUAGUGCCUGCCUGGAUCACCGACAAAGAGCUAGAAAGUGUAGCAAGCUUCAGAUCUUGGAAGCGGAUCCCUGCUGUUGUCUAUAGGCACCAGAGCAAUGGCGCUGUCAUUGCUCGCUGUGGACAACCAGAAGUCAGCUGGUGGGGUUGGCGAAAUGCCGACGAUGAACACCUGGUACAGUCAGUAGCCAAAGCUUGUGCCUCUGACUCCAGAUCAUGUGGUAACAAGCCCUCAACUAGGAACAGUUCUCGAAACUUUCCCAAUUCAGGAGACCUUUCUGAUGUGGAGUUUGAUUCUUCUCUGUCAAAUGCUUCAGGAACAGAGACUUUAAGCAUCCAACCACAGAAGCUUUUGAUCUUGGAUGCACGUUCCUAUGCAGCAGCUGUGGCAAAUCGAGCCAAAGGAGGGGGCUGUGAAUGCCCAGAGUAUUACCCGAACUGUGAAGUCGUAUUUAUGGGGAUGGCAAAUAUUCAUUCAAUUCGAAGGAGUUUCCAAUCUCUGCGAUUAUUGUGCACACAGAUGCCAGAUCCGGGAAAUUGGCUCUCAGCUCUUGAAAGUACAAAAUGGCUUCAUCAUCUCUCUGUACUUCUGAAAUCAGCCCUUUUGGUAGUACAUGCGGUGGAUCGUGACCAGCGACCAGUUCUAGCACACUGCUCAGAUGGCUGGGACCGCACCCCUCAGAUUGUGGCAUUGGCUAAACUCUUGCUGGACCCUUAUUACCGAACGAUAGAGGGUUUCCAAGUCCUCGUAGAGAUGGAGUGGCUAGACUUUGGCCACAAGUUUGCUGACCGCUGUGGUCAUGGAGAGAACUCAGACGAUCUCAACGAGCGUUGUCCAGUGUUCCUGCAGUGGCUUGACUGUGUUCAUCAGCUUCAGAGGCAGUUUCCUUGCUCUUUUGAAUUCAAUGAAGCAUUCCUUGUGAAACUGGUGCAACAUACUUAUUCCUGCCUCUUUGGAACAUUCCUGUGCAACAAUGCCAAGGAGAGAGGCGAAAAGCAUACUCAGGAACGGACAUGUUCUGUGUGGUCACUGCUUCGGGCAGGGAAUAAGGCCUUCAAAAACCUACUGUAUUCCUCUCAAUCAGAAGCCGUGCUAUACCCUGUAUGCCAUGUGCGUAACCUGAUGCUAUGGAGUGCAGUGUACCUGCCCUGCCCAUCCCCAUCUACUCCUGUGGAUGACAGCUGUGCACCAUACCCAGCCCCUGGCAGCAGCUCUGAUGACCCACCCCUCAGCCGGCUACCAAAGACUAGAUCAUUUGACAAUCUGACCACAGUCUGCGACAACACGGUGCCUCUAACCAGCCGGCGCAGCAGUGACCCAAGCCUAAAUGAGAAAUGGCAGGAGCACCGGCGCUCUCUAGAAUUGAGUAGUUUGGCUUGUUCUGGGGAAGAACCUUUCGAUCCUGACACUCUAGGAAAGCCAACCAAGGUGCUGAGUGGUGCUGAGCUGUCCGUUGCAGCUGGAGUGGCCGAGGGGCAGAUGGAGAACAUUUUGCAAGAGGCCACCAAAGAGGAGAGUGCGAUAGAGGAUUCAACUCUGAAGGGGAAUGUUGAGGCCCAGGAGGGCAAAGUGGAGACUCACUUUGAAAAGGAAAGCAAGGGGAAGAGCUCUGAGGGGCCAACUAUUAGCUUGCAUCAAGGAAUGGAACUGGACGAUGCUGCUCUUAGGAGCCAUCCAGGCACUAGUCUGCCUCCAUUCUCACAGGUUAUUCCUGAGCAGCAGGGUGGGCACUGUAUGCUUUCCAAUUCUUUCCAGAAGCCCCACUGGGGAGAAAAUGUCCAGGAAGUCCCUGAGGAGCAGUCUCGAGUAGGAGCCAUCCCAGAAGACAGAGAGGAAGCAGUUGUUCCAGUGCUGGUAGAUACAAAAGUUGGCUAUAGUAGCUCAUCGUCAAGUUCUCUGGUGCCCUUCCAAGUCCCACUUGAGACCAGAGGACCAAAUGCAGACAGUUCUAUGGAAAUGUUAUUGGAAGACAAGAUAAAGUCAGAAAGUGGGCUCCAGGGCCAUCAUGGACCUUGCCUGAUGAAUAGUAGCAGGCUCAGUAGCAAGGAUAUGCUUCCCGAAACCAUGGACCCCAAGCCUUCAGAGAGGAACCUGGCUGAAAGGCCCCAACUAGGAUCUGUGGUACAUAGGACUUCCCCUAGUGGCAUCCAGAGCCCGACACAUUUUCCUUGUGCCUUGCCUUUAGCUGAAUGUAAAGAGGAGCUUGUAUGCAAUGGUGCCCCAGAAAUGGAAAAUAAGGCCUCAGAACUGCCCCCAGGGCUUAGCACCCUUCAGAAAUACCCAACCCCCAAUGGACACUGUGCCAAUGGGGAUACAGAGAGGAGCAAGGACUUGCUUAGCCGCCAGCUGUCUGGCACAAGCUGCAGCUCUACUCACUUACAUUCGAGGAACUUGCACCACAAGUGGCUACAUAGCCACUCGGGGAGGCCAUCUGCAGCUGGCAGCCCUGACCAACCUUCCCGCAGCCACCUGGAUGAUGAUGGCAUGCCUGUGUAUACAGACACCAUCCAACAGCGCCUGCGUCAGAUUGAGUCGGGCCACCAGCAGGAGGUUGAGACCUUGAAGAAACAAGUCCAGGAACUGAGGAGUCGCUUGGAGAGCCAAUACCUGACCAGCUCCUUACGUUUCAACGGGGACUUUGGGGAUGAAGUGACUUCAAUCCCUGACUUGGAAAGCAAUCUGGAUCAGAACUGUUUGUCUCGCUGCAGCACAGAGAUUUUCUCUGAAGCCAGCUGGGAGCAGGUGGAUAAACAGGACACAGAGAUGACCCGUUGGCUUCCUGAUCAUCUGGCUGCCCACUGUUAUGCUUGUGACAGCGCCUUCUGGCUCGCCAGCAGGAAACACCACUGCAGGGACACUGACCGUGUUGAUCAAACGUGGAACUGUGGGAAUGUAUUCUGCUCCAGUUGCUGUAACCAGAAGGUUCCAGUUCCUAGCCAGCAGCUCUUUGAACCCAGUCGAGUGUGCAAGUCUUGCUAUAGUAGCCUACAUCCCGCAAGCUCCAGCAUUGACCUUGAACUGGAUAAACCCAUUGCUGCCACUUCAAACUGAAGCUCAGUGACCUGGGGUGGGCAGAAGCCAAGUUGCUGUUCCUCUGACAGGCUCACACAGCCUGGGCAGACUAAGAGGCCCGUGCACUUUGGAAUGGGGCAAGAAACCACCUGGGCAGAGUGACAGAAAUUUGGGGCGUACCACUGGAUUGUAGAUUGGUUUUUCUUUCCUGUUUCAUUGCCCCCUGGAGUAUCCCCUCCAUCCCCACCCUCAUUUCCAUACUUCAGUACUCUGUUUCUAAAAAAUGAGAAAAGCACCCAGUUAUCUUUUUUAGAAAAAUUAUUAUAUGGGAGACCAGAGAUGGCCAGACUCUUAUAAUGCCAAGCUGUCAGGCAAUGCUGAGGGUUGGCUGGUUCCUCUGGAUAGGAGAAAGUUGGUCAAAUCUAGAGUGAAGGACUGUGAUAGUGAAAGUGAGAGAAAACCAGUGCUAAUGUUUGGCUGUUUCCACCGCCACAGAGGAGUUAGUUGGCAGGCUUGAAGGGGAAGGUAGAAGUAUCUUCCCUAAUACCACAGUACCCUAUACUUGAGAAGGGCUUGGUCGGGCCUAUUUCAGACAGGUAAAAGGAAUUAGCAUUUGAUGGCAAGGGCACAUGGUUAGUGUUAUUCUUAGGCGUCCUCAGCAACCACCUGUUAGGCAAGGAAAGUGUGGGCUCCUGACCAAGUGAGAAUUUGGGCAUGGGUAGCCAACCAGUUCCUGUCCCAGCCCAGCUAAAUUAGGGCUGCCUUCACUGUCAGUAGUCUGCCCCUUUGGCCAUGCUGUGUAGUGCUUCUCACCCUCAGGGCAUGAGCUUGGAAUGCUGAGCACGUGUUCUGUUCCUGGGACCAAGGCCAAAGCCUGUCCUGAGCCCAGUCUUAUCUGGAAGCUUCUUCCAGGUCUUGCUUGGUCUCCUAAUUUCUGUUCUAGGCCAGCACAGGAAAUCCAGACUCAGGGUUCCAAAAAUUCCCUAUUCCCAAACCAAACCAAUCAUGGAUCACACACUGAAGGGGUCGAAUCAACUUUCUGGAGUAUAAGCCUCUGGAAAAGGGAACAUGUCCCCUUACAAUCAGCCUUCUCCUUCCCUUCUUGGGGCAGCAGCUAUGGUGCAGCACCCCCCCGCACCCCAUGCCCUGCUUUCAUGCUGCCUCAGUGAGGACAUGUCUGGCUGAGGGUCAGCAGUGAGGGGCCACAGUGACUUUGCAGGGUUCCUUAGAGAAAUGACACAGCCUUUAGGAGAUUCGAGGCACCUUUCCUCAGUAAGCUUUGGUGUGGUCCAAAAAAGAGCCUUAAAUCAAGAAUAUUUAUGGUCAUGGUGGAUAUGGGGAAGAAUGGAGAGAAGUUUAGGUUUGUUGUUUCUAAUCUUGACAUCCAUGUUUUAUGCCUGCCCUCCCUCUUGGGGAAUGGGCCAUGCUUGGCUCUGCUAAAAGCUGCUAACUGGUAACAGGGCAGAUGGUGGUAAGAGCUGGAGUAAGGCCAGGGAACUCUGGUUUUCUGGAAGUAGUUUCCUGGCCAAGAACUAGUUGUGACUCAGGAACAUGGCUUCUGUGUGUGCAUGCCUACAAGUGGCUAAGAUGUGACCUAGAAACCUUCCCUGGAGCUGUCAGUCCAGAAAGCCAGAGCAUGAGAGUGCUUCUCUGACUUCCCAGUGGUAGCAAGUUGCUUAGAAUUUGAAUUUAAUGAAACAGGGUGUAUGUAGUUCUCCACACUCUGUGUGGUUUGGCCAUACAGGUCUGGAGAAGUCAGUCCAAUGGAAGAUUGUGCAGUUCUAGUGACAGGUGCCAAGAGGUUAUGAUACGGGUUUCUUGGGUCUGAUGUACAGUGUGAAUAAAUGCUUGCAGCUUUUAGCCCUUUUUGAUCAAUGAAGCACUUUUUUAUUAAUAUUUUCUUUGUAUGUAAAGGAGGAACCAUAACUCUCUGUAGCUGUAUAUAUAACCCUUUUCUCCUAAAGAGGAGUCCGUCAGUACUCCUAUAUUUUUCAUUUUUUGUCAAAAGCAAGAAGUAAAUACUUUAGAACUGUUAAAUAUAUAAAUAAAAUGAAUAAAGUUUAGUGUUCCGCAUGGUA